AUGCUGAGGUUCAUAAGGUCUGCCAGUACGCUUACGCUCAAGCCAAAGAAAAAGUUAAACAUCCUGAAAAAGAAGAAUGUCAAUCCAACAACUCCAGCAAGAACUAGAUUCGCUCCAUCUCCAACUGGGUUUCUUCAUUUAGGUUCUUUAAGAACUGCUUUAUACAACUAUUUAUUAGCUAAAAGAACAGGUGGUCAAUUCCUCUUAAGAUUAGAAGACACUGAUCAAAAAAGACUUGUCCAAGGUGCAGAACAAAAUAUUUAUGAUUCUUUGAAAUGGUGUGGAUUACAUUGGGAUGAAGGUCCGAUAAUUGGUGGUAAAUAUGGUCCAUAUAGACAAAGUGACCGUUCACAUAUUUAUAAACAAUAUGCUGAUAAACUUUUGGCUUCUGGAGAUGCUUAUCGCUGUUUCUGUUCCAAAGAAAGAUUAGAUGGAUUAAGAGAAUCUGCAAUGAAAUUACAACCUCCAACUACAGUUACUUAUGAUAGAUCAUGUGCUCAUAUACAUCCAGAGGAAUCUAAUACCAAAGCUGCAAAUAAUGAAACAUUCACAGUUAGAUUCAAAUCACCAUCUGUUUAUCCUAAAGUCGAAGAUUUAUUACACGGUACACUUGAUUUACAACCUCAAGUAAAUUCAGAGGAUGUUAGAUAUGAUGACCCAAUCUUGGUUAAAUCUGAUGGGUUACCAACUUAUCAUUUUGCUAAUGUUGUUGAUGAUCAUUUAAUGAAUAUCACACAUGUUAUUAGAGGGGAAGAAUGGUUACCUUCAACACCAAAACAUAUUGCCCUAUAUCAUGCUUUUGGAUGGGAUGCACCAUCAUUCAUUCAUAUUCCAUUAUUAACCAGUACUAAAGAUAAGAAAUUGAGUAAAAGAACAGGAGAUAUUGAUGUUAUGAAUUUCAAGCAAAAGGGUUAUUUACCUGAGGCUUUAAUCAAUUUUGUUGCAUUGUUUGGUUGGUCACCAUUAAGAGAUGCAAAUAAAAGUUUAUCAGAAAUUUUAUCCCUAAAGGAUUUAGAGAAUCAAUUUACUGUUAGUGAGUUAACAAAAGGUAAUGCUAAAGUGGAUGAUAAGAAACUAAUUUACUUCAAUAAACAUUAUUUAUUGGAAAAAAUUGAAUCAGAUUUUGAUUCUGUUGUGGAAGAUGGUCAACUUUUACUUUCAGAAAAAUAUCCAAAUAUUGAUAAAGUAACUGUUUCUAAAUUGAUCAAUGAAGUCAAACACAAUUUCACAUUUCUUUCAGAUAUACAAGACUAUGAUUAUCUAUUAUCAAAUGCAACUUAUGAUAAUGAAUAUGCUUUAACAUUCCUGGAAGCUGCAAAUAAAGAUUCUUCAAAAAUCAUACUUGAAAACUUCAUCAGUUUAGAAUCACCUGAAGAAAUCGACAGAAGAGUGAAUAAAUUAUUAGAACAAGAUUUUAAGAAAAAAGAUAUUUUUCAAGCACUAAGAUUUGCAUUAAGUGGUGGUAUACCAGGUCUUAAAAUUCCAUUACUAAUAAACUUUUUAGGUUUGGAAAGAUCAAAUGAAAGAAUUUUACAUGCAAUUAAAUUACUUCAAUGA